GUCCUCUGAUGUAAAUAAAAACAAUGUGCGCUACCUAGAACGGUUCGAAUAAUCACGUUUUGUUAAAAGACGUGUUCGUUGAUUUAAUUUUUUGUAUAUUAUUGCAUUCAAAGUAUCCGUUAAAAUGAAAAAAGUUUUUUCUAAGAAGAGAAAAGCCUCAAAGCUAACCGCAAUAGAAGAACCUGACUAUGACUCGAUGGUCGAAGACGGCACUGACGAAGGUUCUGAAGAGAAUUAUGCCUCCAAACAGGAAAUAUCAGAUAUUGAUAGUGGCCAUGAAAGCGCAGGUGGAAGAUUUGUUAGAGCACUUCCACGGGAUGUUAAACCAAAAAAAGCUAAAAAAUUGAAAGCAUCUGAAUCCGAUGAGAAACAUCAACUUAAGAUUAAAGCGCUGAAGGAACUGUACAAACCUCCUACAGUCGAAGAGAUUAACCGGCUGAAGGAAACGGACAACUUUUAUCAUUCGAAUCUUUUCCGUUUACAAGUUGAGGAAAUGUUACGCGAACUAAAAGUGAAGACAAAGGUUACCAACUACGUGGAGCGUUGGUUGGAUGAUUUUAGGAAGUUUUUGCGCACCUUGAAGGAUGCGGAAACCGAAAGAUCUUUAGAAGACGUCAGUUAUGAAGCUGUCUCCUUUCCACUAACAUUUCCGGACAACUCGGAUUUCCUCAGCAGAGAAGGCUUCAAAUUCGCUCAGCAACGGAUUGUUCACCAAAUUGGUUCGGCACGACUGGGAACGAGCUAUGGGAAAGUACUCGCUGUGGAUUUGCUGCUCGAAAUUCCGAAUAAGUGUUUUCGAAGCGAAGAUUACCUAAAUAUGCGCUACCAUUACAAGAGAGCCCAUUUUCUGUGCCAUUUGGCGGAAGGAUUGGCCAAGCAGUCCAAGUAUCAGCUUGUUGGGAAAGUGAAAUUUGUGCCGUUGAAAGGUGAUGCGCUGAAACCGGUACUGGAAGUGACUCCGGCAGAAGAUAAGUUUUCCAAUCGAGUGUGUUUUAUUAUUCAUGCUGCUUCGAUCGGGAAAUUUUCUCCUAAACGAUUCCUACCGGAUAAAAACAACGUUAGACCUGCUGUGAUUGGUAAGGACACCUCUAUGGAUUCCGGUCUUUGUCCAACACCCCACUACAAUACUUCCAUUUUGUAUGACAUGUGCCUUCUAAAGAAUCAGGAAAUGCUAGAAAGCAUACUACAAUCAGAUCACGUUCGCCAAGCCAUCAUCCUGUUGAAGGUAUGGCUUCACCAGCGACGUUUCAACGAAGGAUACUAUGGCUUUGAUGGUGCCGUGGCGACUUUCUUUAUCGCUCACCUAAUGCGGGCUCGCAAAAUAUACAACACAAUGAGUAGCUACCAGAUUAUUCGAUUGUUCUGGAAUCAGUUGGCCAACAGUCAUUGGGAUACCGCUGGUAUAUCUUUGGAAGCAAAUGUGACUAAUGAUUUGAUUAGUUACCACAAGUGCUUCGAUGUGGUAUUUUUGGGUAACUCGGAAAUGUUGAACAUAUGUGCUAAUAUGUCCGGUGAUUUGUACCGUCGAGUUAGGGAAGAAGCAUCGGUCGCCAUUCAACUAUUGGACAAUCAAAAAUUGAACAGUUUUAUUGCGCUGUUCCUCAACAAGUUUCCCGUUUAUACCCAAUAUGAUCAUAUCCUCAGCAUCGAGAAGCCGGAUCUAAUUCAAUCUGUAAUAGAAACAUUUGGUACCGAUAGCGAUAAACUGAACUACUUCGGCAAUUCGUAUGCACAUUUCCGAAAAAUGGUACAUGAAUUGCUUCGACAAGGUCUUGGACAGCGAGUGAGAUUUAUAGUCCCUAUACAGAUUCACCAUAAGAACCAGUUGUGCUUGUCGUUCGGAAUCCUUCUGAAUGCCCAUGAAGCAUUUUCCGUAGUUGACAAAGGCCCGGAAGCGAUUGAUAAGCCUGCAUCAGACGACUACCGAAACUUUUGGCGUGGAAAAUCCGAACUACGACGGUUCAAGGAUGGAUCCAUCACGGAAUCGUGCGUUUGGGGAUCGAGUACGGAUCCCAUCGGGCAGAAGCGGUUGAUCUGUCGAAAGAUUGCGCUGUAUCUUCUGAAUUCUCACUACGACAUAACUGAAACGAAGCUGACCUAUUCCGCCCAUCAGUUCGAAGUUUCCGUCAAGCCAGAUGGAUCCGAACUGCAUGAGACCGUCGAGGAACGCUCGCUGGCAUGUAUUCGUGCGUUCGACAACUUGAGUCGUAUCAUGAAAAAGUUGGACGAUCUGCCGCUGACGAUUAAUUCAUUAGUAGGAACGGAUGCGGUAUUUCGCUAUGCAGAUCCUGACCCCCCUAGAGCGACAGUCAAAGCUAUACUCGUUAACGGUCAGCUGAUGUUCCUAGCUUCCCAUGUGAUCAACGCAACGAUACAACUCGAAGCAAGUGGCAAGUGGCCAGAACAACUCGAAGCGAUACAAAGGUUGAAGGCAGCGUUUUACCUUAAAAUUGCGGAUUCGAUUCGAGUUUAUGCUGGCGCCACAACAGAGCUAGUGCCGCAGGCGUAUGCUGACUAUUUGGAUGUAAUGUAUGAAAAAUAUCUGUUCCGGUUCCACAUUGUCCACCAGCGGGAGAUUACACUUCUUCGGGAGUAUUUAGCCGAUAAUCAGGUCACGAAAUUGUAUCGCGACUCAGAUCGAAGUAAACAGCUGGAAAUGCAGGCAACGAUCUUACCCAAGCUCACCAGCAUCCUACAUGGUUUGCACCAGCAACACUUCUCCUUCGGUUCGGUGGCAGCUAUGGCCAAGCGGUGGCUCUACGCACAGCUAAUCGAUCCGUUCCUGUGGCCGGAUGAAUGCACCGAGCUGCUCGUUGCCGCGAUGUACGAGAAGCAAUGCUCGACACUUCAACCGCAGGCGGGUUUCUUGCGAUUUUUGGAAUACUUGGCCAACACCGAUUGGACCAAGGAGUUAAUAUUGCUUAAUUUUAAUGAAGAAAUUCCGGAGGAGAAAGUUGAAGAACUUGAAAAACAGUUCAUCCAUCGAAGGGAUAGCUUUCCGCCGUUGGCCAUAGUAACAUCUUGUGAUGCGGAUAAGUUUGGUUUGUUUAGCAGGAGGGCACCCAGCCAGGAGGUUCUUGGCAGAGUUACAUUCUUGGCAAAGAAUGUAGUUUCAAUAAUUGAGCAAAAUUUCAGCGUCAUUAGAACCCGAGUGCAUAUAUUUUACAAACCUUCGUACGAUGGGUAUGAUUUGAUUAUCCAUUUGGAAGGAAGCAUUGUUCCGGCGGUUGGAAUAACCAGCAUCGAUAACUAUACACAAGGCAAGAGAGCAAAGUUGCUGGAAGACGAGACCAAGAAUCCUGCUGCGGGAUUCAAUCCAGUGCAAUUUUACUUGAGCGAACUGCGGGAGGGUUACCGAAAGUAUGCUGUUUUCUUCUACGAUCAUUGUGAAGGAGAUAGGAUUGCGGUUUUGUGGAGACCUGAUGCGAUGGGGGAGAAACCAUUUACGACAACCAACGUAAACGGCCGACUACUUUCCAAGGAAAAAUCGUUGAUAUUGAAUACAGAAGCAAUCAUACGAGACUUCGAAAUACUUGGAAAGGGAUUAGUGCGUAGCAUAGAACGUAAAUAGUCAUCAAAAAACAAACAAUAUAAUUCGUCCCA